AUGAGUACCCAGCACCCACAGACACUACAGAAACUGGCAAUUCAGAGCUUGCUGAGGGACAAGGCCUUGGCCAUGGAGGCCGUGGAACAUCUGCCAUCGGCGCUCUUCCCACCAGUGUUCAUGGAGGCCUUCACUAGGGGACACAUUGAGGUCCUGAAGGCCAUGGUGCUGGCCUGGCCCUUUCCCUGCCUACCCCUGGGAUCCCUGAUGGAGAUGAGGACACCAGGUACUUUGGACACUGUGAAGAAUGUUCACCAGAUGAAGGAAAGUGUGUUACAAGCUGUGCUGGAAGGGAUUCACAUGCUGCUGAGCCAGAAGGUUUGCUCCAGGAGGUUGAAAUUGCAAGUGCUCGAUAUGCGGGCUGUGCACCAGAACUUCUGGACAGUUUGGGCUGAAAACAAGUUGCAAGCCUGCUCCUCAGAAGCCAUGAAGAGGAGAAAAACAAGGAAGAGUCUGCCAAGGGUGGCAAAAAAGCAGCCCCUCAAGGUGAUUGUAGAUCUGUGGAUCAUGAAUGAUAGGCUGGAUCCAGUGGAAGGCUACCUCCUCAAGUGGGUCCAGGAGAUGGAAAACCGGGUGCACCUGGAAUGUCCCAAGCUGCGUAUGAUGGGCCUGUGCACUGAACGGGUCACAAAGAUCCUCAGGAAACUGAAUCUUUAUUCUGUGCAGGAGAUGCAUCUUUCACAGGAUGACUGGAACCAGCUACCCCAGUCUGAGCAGACCCGACAGCUAAAAUCCAUGGGUCUGAUUCGUAUCAGACUGACUGAUUUCAGUCCUGAGCCCCUCCAAAUUCUGCUGGAUAAUGUCGCAGCCACCCUGACCACCCUGCAUUUGGAAAACUGUGGGAUCACAGAUGCGCAGGUCUGCGCCUUUUUGCCUUCGCUGAGCUGCUGCUCCCAGCUCACUACCUUCUGCUUCAUAAGGAAUUUCAUAUCCAUAGGCACCAUGAAGAAGCUGCUGUGCCACACUGCCAAGCUCAGGAACUUAAACAGGGAGCUGUAUUCUGCUCCUCAAGAGGUUUAUGUUCCCAGGGAUGGUACUCUUCAGCAGAUGUGGAACGAGUGGGUGAAGCUCAAGGGUGAAGCAGGGGCUUCUGAUGGGGACUGGCAGAGGAUCAGAGAAGCCUUGGCCAUUGCGGGGCCACCUGGGCGUGCACUCCAGAUGGGGAGGAGGUUGAAAUUGAAAGUGCUCGAUAUGCGGAAUGUGCACCAGAAUUUCUGGAGAGUCUGGGCUGAAAAUAAGUUGGACACCUGUUUCUCAGAAGCCAUGAAGAGGAGAAGAAUAGAGAUGAGUGUCCCUCGGCAGGGAAAAACACAGCCCCUGCAGGUGAUUGUAGAUCUGUGGAUCGGUCAGGAAUGUCUAUGUCCAGUGCGAUCCGGCUUCUUCAAGUGGGUCCAGGAGAGGGAAGACCUGCUGCAGCUGGACUGUAAGAAGCUCUGCAUUACAGCCAAGUGCUUUCAAGCAGUCACAGAGUCCCUGGAAAUGCUGAAUCUUGGUUCUGUGCAGGAGCUGGAUGUGCAUCACUGUUGGACACUCUCCACCUUGGCUCAUUUUGCCCCUUUUCUGGGGCAGAUGAAAAAUCUUCACAAACUAAUUCUCUCUGACAUCCCUGUGCCUCCCAUCAUUUCCCCAGAGAGGAGAGAGCAGUUGGUCAACCAAAUCACCUCUCAAUUCCUUACGCUUCACUGUCUGCGGGAGGUGUACAUGGACUCUGUCUCCUUCCUUAAAGACCACCUGGACCAGGUGCUCAGAAGCCAUGAAGAGGAGAAGAAUAGAGAUGAGUGUCCCUCGGCAGGGAAAAACACAGCCCCUGCAGGAGGUGUGAUGGGGAUCAAACACUACAGCCCCCCGCAGGAGUUCUCAACUGAGCAGCGGCAGCUGGCCUGGGGGCCGGUGUGCAACAGCGCUCACUGUCACGUGGCUCCCCCUGCACCAGGGACCCUAAUUCUGGGCACCCACCAGGCAGGGAGUGAGCGGGCCGGAAGACCAGUGCUCCCCACCCAUGGCUCUGCACCGGGGGCCAUCCUUCUGGGCACCUACGAGGCAGGGAGCCAGCUGGUCGGAACACCGGUGCUGCCUGCCUGUGACUCCGCGUGA